GACGGGGCGCCCGACGGGGCGUCCGAGGACAAGGGCAAGGACGAGGAGCCCGAGGGCGAGCCCCAGCCGCCGGCCCUGCCCCCGCUGCCGCGGCCGCUGCCCGAGCACAUCACGGAGGAGGAGGUGGAGGGCGAGAGCCUGGACCUCUGCCUGCAGCAGCUCUACAAGUACAAUUGCCCUUCAUUUUUGGCAGCUGCUUUAGCCAGAGCAACAUCAGAUGAAGUCCUUCAGAGUGAUCUUUCGGUGCUCUACUUACCAAAGCAGGAGGACAAUGCGGACGGGAUCAUACAGAUUGAGACAGUGAAGCUAGCCCGCUUGGUUUUCAACAAACUCCAUGAGAUCUGCAGCAACUGGGUGAAAGACUUUCCACUUCAAAUGAAACCCCACCGGUACUAUGAGACAUCCAUCCACGCCAUCAAAAACAUGCGCAGGAAGAUGGAAGACAAGCACGUCUGCAUUCCGGACUUCAACAUGCUCUUCAACCUUGAGGAUCAAGAGGAGCAAGCUUAUUUCGCAGUAUUCGAUGGUCACGGGGGAGUGGAUGCCGCCAUUUAUGCCUCCAUCCACCUCCAUGUGAACUUGGUGCACCAGGAGAUGUUUCAGCAUGACCCCACAGAGGCACUGUGCAAGGCGUUCCGGGUGACAGACGAGCGCUUUGUGCAAAAGGCGGCCCGAGAGAGCCUGCGGUGUGGGACCACGGGCGUGGUGACCUUCAUCCGGGGAAACAUGCUGCACGUGGCAUGGCUGGGCGACUCCCAGGUGAUGCUCGUGAGAAGGGGCCAAGCUGUGGAACUGAUGAAGCCUCAUAAACCGGAUCGAGAGGAUGAGAAGAAGCGCAUUGAGGCUCUGGGAGGCUGCGUGGUCUGGUUCGGAGCCUGGAGAGUCAACGGGAGUCUGUCAGUCUCCAGAGCUAUUGGAGAUGCAGAGCACAAGCCAUAUAUCUGUGGCGACGCAGACUCUGCUUCCACUGUCCUGGAUGGGUCUGAAGACUACCUCAUUUUAGCCUGUGACGGCUUCUAUGACACAGUGAAUCCUGAUGAGGCAGUGAAGGUGGUAGCCGAUCACCUCAAGGAGAAUAAUGGGGAUAGCAGCAUGGUGGCACACAAAUUAGUGGCAUCAGCUCGAGAUGCUGGCUCCAGUGACAACAUCACUGUCAUCGUAGUAUUUCUCAGGGACAUGAAUGCAGCAGUAAAUGCUAGUGAAGAAUCAGACUGGACAGAGAACUCAUUUCAAGGAGGGCAAGAAGACAGCGGAGAAGACAAGGAAAACCACGGAGAUUGCAAACGGCCUUGGCCUCAGCACCAGUGCUCAGCACCAGCAGAUCUAGGGUAUGAUGGACGAGUGGAUUCCUUCACUGAUAGAACUAGCUUGAGCAUAGGGUCCAAAAUUAACCUGUUUGAUCAAGGCUACUUAGACCUGACAACCACGGAAGCAAGCAAACCUCAGAGUGCCAAAUGUUUGCCACCAGUUCAAGUGUUCAGUCCUGGCAUACCAAAGAGCGUGAAUUUGGGUAAUGGUUCAACAGUGAAGACCGAAGCGCCAGAGAGUGCUGCUUUGUCAGUGCAUGGACAAAGCGAUCCCAGGUGCAGCUCUUCCGAGGGCUUCUCUCCCAUCUUCUCCCACACGGAAGAGGAGCAGCCCAACUCCUUGGGCAGACGAGGUUCUGCUCUCUUUCGCUUCCACGUCUAUAAUGCCAAGCGGCGACGAGAAACCAGGCUCAGACCAAAGUUUCGCGCAUCUCCCUUUGCUCGUGAGCCUUCCCGUACAGAAGGAUUGGGUCUGUCCUUGCCUGUCCGAAGUGGUAGUAACAUUAGGAUGUUGGUAAGAAGCUCUCUGUGGUGGAGGAUGAAUAGUCACAGAAGUUACAGUGAGAGUAUGCUGUUCAUGCUAAGACAGAGUAACUGUAUACCACAUUCAUACCUUCACUUGCACUGUAAAAUAUAACAAUCCUCCUUGUUACCCCCCCUUCAGAUAUCUAGAUUAGACAUUCCCAGAAUUAAAAAAAAAAAAAAAAGCAUCAUCAGAAAUCAAAAGGUGGGCAUUUCAGAACGGUGUGUAUUACAGAACCUGCAAAAGCUCAGCUUAUAUGUACAUAGACCAAGGAAUUAAAAGAAAUAGUGUUUCCGUCUCAAUAAGAAUUGCUGGUGGUGCCACUCUAAGCAGUCACAGCUGCCCAGACACAUGCCCAUGUAGGUAUCUAUACUCGCAUUCACUACUGGAAGCUGGUUAGUUGGCUUAUCUGAACAGACGCAGUUAGGAAACAGACUUGCAAACAAUGCAAAGGGAUAUAACGUUGAACCUGCCUGAGGUUUGUCUGUGGAGCAAUAUUUUCAGAAAGAUCCUCUUUUAGAACUGCCAAAUUUUGUACCGGGGGGAGGGGGGAGUUUCCAUAGAAGUCCAGGUUGUGGGGUUUUUUUCUUAUUUUGCUUUCAGUUUAUCUCAGACUAAUGUUAAGAGAAAUCUAUAGAAAAAACCCAUCCAUUUUGCAGGUAAAAGACUAAAAGCCAUACAGGGUUUUAACAGGUAAUUUAGGAAUGGAGAACUAAGCUCCUGCUGUGAGAUCUCCUCUCUGUUCUCAGACUCAGACCGAGGUACAUACUCCUAAUUUAGCUAUUUUUUCAUGUAACAUAAAAUGUGGAAUACGAAAAACUGUUUUUGUAGUUAAAAAAAACAAACAAAAAAAGAUUUCUCUGGCUCGAGGUCCAGUAUUGGGGAUUUCACAACCUCCUGGUGCUUUUAGUGGCAUUUUUAUUAUUUUGUCAAUUUAGGAGACUACGUUGUCAACUGGUUUUAAUCCAACACGAUUGCAGUUAAUGCUUUGAGCCAACCUCUCUUCGCUAUCACUUCAUCUCAGGUGUUUAGAAGAAACCAAGGCUGUGGAGAUGAUGUCCACGUGAACAGUGCUGGCAUAAAUCAAUCAAACCACAGAACCACUCGUUAGGGACAAUAAGCACUUUGAUCCGGAUUCUGUUUUAGGUCCCAGACUGUAGGUGGCAAGGUAUUGAUUUAAAAUAGGCUGGUUGGUUUUAGGGAGGGCAAGACAGUGGCGGUAUUGUGGCACUGCUGCUGAAAUGUGGUAUCCCUCGCAGCUCGUGGGCAGACUGCCGGAGUAACCCCUGGUGCGUAGCAGGGCUGUGGGUGCAGAAGGAUGAGGGCAAUUUCUUUGUUUCGCUGAGAUCAUAACACGCACUGACAAUCCAGAACUCUGCUCCAAGCAAACUUCGGUUCACGUAGAAAGGCGAGGAAGGUGUGUUGCCCUUUUCUGUCCUUUAUUGUAAUAAGCGGAGUAUUAAUUAAAAAAAUUUAAAAACCCUAACUGUAAUCAAACUGUUCCAGUGAGCUGUAUUGGACAGCACAUUAGAAUAUCCCUCCUCUCACUAUUCUUUACUGCAGUACCAGUCAACAGGAAAAAAUAAUUGGGCAGAAAUAAGAAUAAGAUGUCAUUCUGCAUUUCAGCAACAUCCAAUACCUCACACCCUCCUACCAGUAACACUUUAAAAUCAGACUUACGGUUUAGAUCAAAUUUGCAAAAUAGUUGAAUUUUUGUCACAGGACUCUAAAUUAUUGGAGACCAUAAUACUUGAAUUCUCCCAAUCUCCACUUAUUCUUUGAGUCGCUCCUUAAAGUGAUUUGAUGAAACAGCAAAAAGCUGCGAGUUAACAGGAGUUGAAAAAUGGUUUCUACAUUUUUUAAAAUCAUUUUGAGGCUUUUUUUUUUUUAACCAUAACCAUAAUUAAGGGACUAUUUAUUGGCUGCUACAUUUGUCCUUUUAUGAAGCCUUAGCUGUUGUCAUCAACACACUUUAGCUGUAUUCUAUGUUUCCAAUCAGAUUUAGUAAGGAAAGUAGAGAAACCACAAAACCAUGAAGUAUGCAAUUUUGGGGCAUCUCUCUGGUGCCUUCUCAUUGUUCAUGUUUUCACAGAAAGAUAGGUGGCACGUGGAAUCUCUCUUCUGUUUGAUAACUGUACUUCUACUGAAAGGUGAUGCAAGUGCCAUUUUUUUGAGUAAAUAUGAAUUCAAGAAGUUACGGAUGAUUGACCUUCUUCCCAACGUGCAGGAAUAGCUGAAAAGCACUGGACUUGAGUGUAAGUUGUCUUGGUAAGGGUGCAGCUCUUUAGGUGUGGAUCCAUAACAAUAGUUCUGCUUCUCAUACCGUUUCUCUCUAGGAAAACAGAAUUCCCAUUGUAGUUCCAGUGUGGUCAGGUACAAAAUAUUGUAUAAAUAGCAAGUGUUCAUUUCCUCACUAAAUACAUAUUUAUAGAGUAGAUAGGAACCAUUUGUAAGGUAAGUCCUUUAAAAUUCUCUAAUACAUAUUAAAAGUAGUGGUUAUUGGUCUGAUAUAUGCUGCUCUUGAUUCUACACUAGACAAAAAAGCAGUGCUUUGUGAAAUGCAGUGUUUUCUCUUAAUGCCACUGGUGAUAGGAAGUAGUUCUCUUCAGUUCAAAAUCCUGUGCCCUUAUUUGCUGCUUGCUAACGUAAGCAAUAAGUACCCCUCUAAUGGUAUCUAAGCGUUCUGUACCUUGUAGUUUUGAUCGUCUAAACUGGUGACAAAUGUAAAAAAAACAAACCAUAUUAGACAAAUUACAAAAGUAUCUAUAACUGUAUUUAUUAAUUGUUAAUUCUGAGAUUCAGUCUGUGACUUGUGUUUUGUAUUUUUAUUGUGUAUCUCUUAGUGGUGGUGAAAUUUGUAUAACGAACCUUUCCAAUAAAGAGCUGAAGUAUCCCUUUUUCGAGUUAACACAAUCUGCAUUAGUUUCAGUUUACGUGUUAAACGUGUCCUGCAAAAAUAGGAGGGAGGUAGUGAAAAAGUGUUUAGGGAGUUGUGUUGGUUUUGAGAGACGGACUUCAGGCAGUCUGGCUGAAGCCGUUCCAGACUCGCCAGUAAACUAGUCACUGUGAGUUGAAUGGGAUUUGUUUGAUCCCCACUCUAAGUUUCCUGUGUACACUUUUUUCUUUAAAUGUGCAACUCUGAGGAACAUCUGCUGUUGCAGAGAGCAGUAUAGCACCAGACCAGGGAGCUGUUUAACCCAUUUUGAUUUGCACUAAAGGUGGGUGGAAUCACAUGUAAAUAUCUUUUCUUUACCUAGAAGUGCCAUCAAUUGUCCUUGCAAGUUAAAAUCAUUCAGUAUUUAGUUUUAGGCUGCAGUGUAACACUUGAGGACAAUGUGGAAGCAGAUUUUAACUUAUACCACAUUUAUAGUGGUACACUGUCAUAGAAACUCCACUCAGUAUUGGGAACUGUGUGCGUCAGUGAGAAACGUGCUGUCCUGCGGGCAGAUAUGCAUGAGGCGCAAGUUCAGCGUUUACAGACAGGACCGUAGUCCACGUCCACUCUUCUACCACUAAGCACUCCCUCCCCUGGCACCGGUCUGCUGUAGAAAUGAGAAAGAUUGAUCUAAAUUAGUGGCUGAUUUGGCACAAUUUCUUCAUGACACAAUUCUCAUAGACAAAGCCAGUCAAGGGGAUACUCCAGCUUUGGUCAUGCCUAUAAUUUAGGGCAAUCUUUCUUUGGCUCAUAACUCUUUGCAACAGGAAGAAAGCUUCCUACCCUUGUAUCAUGUGCAAUAAUAGUCCAGCGUAAAUGCAACCUCUGACUUGGAUGCUCCGUCCUUUACUAGUCAUUGUUAAUGAGGCACUAGCAUUGUAGCUGCCAGCAUUAUGGUGAAGCAUUAGAGGAAAAAAAAUCCCACCUAUUCAAGGUUAGUCCAAUAACUGUAAUUGCAUUUGGCUUGUUUUGUUAACAGCUUCCUCUACUGUCCAAUUAGAUGCACUCAAAACAAGAAUAGGGCAAGUUGGCCGAAGUUCACCCUGAGCACUUUUACUUGCAAGAGUAACUUGUCUACGUAGGCAGAUCCGGUUCUGGAGCACCAGGUGUGUUGUCAGCUCUCACACCGGGCGCUCCUGUUGAUAUGCGUGUCCUCUUGUUCACAAAACUUCUGAUAUGUUCUUUCCCAAGUCGAUCAGUUUAAGCUCUAACCGUUUAACAGUGUUGGGACCUCUCCAUUUGCAACCGUGUUCUGCAGCUCACAUGCGAGUUCAGUUAUAACCAUGUAUUAGUCAAACAGAUUUUAUUUAUUAAUUCAAGCUGUUUAUACAGACAAGGAUUAUGUUGAAAUUUUACCAGUAUCUUAAUAAAACAGUCAUUUAAAACUCA